CGGCACCAGAGUUAAGUGAGGGUUUUUCAAAAUGCUGACAUGCCGAGCUCAAAAGGUUCGCCAUCCCUGUCCCAGGCCAACCCCUUCAGGGAGCGCAUCUGCAGGGUCUUCUCCACCUCCCCGGCCCGAGACAGCUUGAGCUUUGAGGAUUUCCUGGACCUCCUCAGCGUGUUCAGUGACACGGCAACGCCAGACAUCAAGUCCCACUACGCCUUCCGCAUCUUCGAUUUCGAUGAUGAUGGAACCUUGAACAGAGAAGACCUAAGCCAGCUCGUGAACUGCCUCACGGGGGAGGGCGAGGACACGCGGCUCAGCGCUUCCGAGAUGAAACAGCUCAUUGACAAUAUCCUGGAAGAGUCCGAUAUCGACAGGGACGGGACCAUCAAUCUCUCCGAGUUCCAGCACGUUAUUUCCCGUUCACCGGACUUUGCCAACUCCUUCAAGAUCGUCCUGUGACAGGAGCCACGCAGCCGAUUCCCCAGCCGCCGUACAAUAACCUUGACACCGCUGAGCCGUGGCCAAGGUUACGCCUGUGUUGCCAGGGCCGGCCGAGCUGGCCCGGUCGAGCUGGCACUGCGCAGUCUUGUCCCAGGCAGGGAAGGGCGCUCCCAGUCCGUGCCUCACCCCUUCUCACUGCCGUUGUCACCGCUCUGUGUUUCUGCUAAUCAGUAAUAAAGGUUAAGACGUUUUGA